AAUUGUUAUUCAGUUCACAUUAAAAUGCAUAUCGGUGAUCAACAUUAUCCGAAUAAAGUGCAUUUACAUUACAAUUUUAGCGAGUACUAAGUAGAAAGCAAAAGAAAAAAUAAUAACUUUGUACACAAACUCACGUGGUUCGAUUACACGCGGUCCAAGUAAACCUAACCAACAGAAUUAAACGCCAGUUAGUUACUCAAUAUCCAGUAGACAACAACAUUAUUGCGCGUCCGAACGUUUUGACAUUGAAAAAUCUCGCUGUAUGAUCGAUUUUUUGUUAGUUUAGUGAAUUUUUCUCAAAUCUGCAAACGCAAAAGAAUAUGAUAUCAUCAGUGACGGUAGUAUUUAGCAAAAUCCAAAACUGUUUUGCUAUAAUUCGUCUAUGUAAUAAAUUUAAUCGUGACUAAAUAAACAACAGGCUGUUCGAAGACGACAUCAAACAAAGAAUAGGUACUUGAGUUGUAUUAGUUACUAAAAAUGAGUUCGUUUAAAGUCAAGGUUCUGUACGAUUUUCAAGGAGAGGCCAAUACUGCAGAAAUGAGUAUUGUUGCAGGUGAAACUUUAACUGUAACAAGAACUGAUGUAGGAGAAGGUUGGUGGGAAGGUUUUAACAGCAAAGGCCAAUCUGGUCUCUUUCCUGAAGCUUAUGUAGAAAAAAAUAUUUCAUCCCACCCUCCAAAUAUUCCAGCACCAGUCUUGCCACCUCAGAAUGACUGGGGGGACUCAAAUCAAAAAGACGAUUGGGAUGAUGAUGAUGACUGGGAUGAUGACACUGUGUACUCUGAAGUUGGAAACAAUCAUGGUCAACAUCAGAUCUACAGUAAUGAACCAAACCAAAAUCAGAUAUCUCACCACUUUGAUAACAUGUCUCUGGGUGGUGUUAGUACAACAGGUGAUAAUAAAGGAACAGUUACGAAGAAAAGUUUGAACAUAUUUUCCUCAUAUGUCAAAAGUGGAUUAGAAGGAUAUAUAUUAGGAAAUUCUGCGAAUUUACCAGUAGCCAAUAAAAAAUUUGUCAUUUUUCGAGAUAGCGACGAUAUUUUAGGAAGAUGGGAAGUGAUUUCGAACCCAUAUACAGUUCAAAUAGCAUCUCCAAAGAAAGCGUCCAAAAUGGGAGGAUUAAAAUCAUUCAUAGCAUAUCAGUUGACCCCAUCUUUUUCAAAUGUGGAAGUUUCUAGGAGAUAUAAGCACUUUGAUUGGCUACAUGAUAGGUUAACAGCAAAAUUUAAUGUUAUAGCUAUACCUCCCUUACCGGAUAAGCAGGUAUCUGGCAGAUAUGAAGAACAGUUCAUAGAACACAGAAGAGCACAACUUCAGGAAUUUAUAAAUUACAUGUGUAGACAUCCGGUACUAAGUACAUGUGAAGUAUGGCUUCAUUUUCUCACAUGUACUGAUGAAAAACAAUGGAAACAGGGUAAAAGGAAUGCUGAAAGGGACCAGUUAGUAGGCGCCAAUUUUUGUAUGUCAAUUGAAGCGCCAGAAAAGGAUAUUUUAGCUUCUUUGUCUGAACCAAAAAUAGAAGAAAAUCUCAAUUAUAUGAUAAGAUUGGAUCAAUGUAUUAAAAAUUUAAUGAAUACGGCCCAAGAUCAACACAAAAAAUGUAUUAAUAUGUAUAAAAGGGAAUUUAUGAGGAUAGGAGAGUGUUUCUUCGCGCUAGGAUCGGCUUUUGAGUACAAUCAGCAAGGAAUGUACUCAAAAGCUUCUGUAGAUGUUAAAAAUAUUGGAACAACUUAUAUGGCAAUCGGAAAACUAUACGGAGAACAAGCAAAAAUAGAUUGGCAACCUUUAUUUGAUAAACUUUAUAUUUACAAAGGCAUUACGAACGACCUCCCAAAUAUACUCAAUCUACAAAAACUCUCCGAACAAAAGAAAAAAGAAUGCGAACGUAAUUCUCAAGGACCACAAAGUGCUAUAGCAGAUAUUAGAAGAAGAGCUGAUGUUUUGACUUACACAGUAUUUGCCGAAUUAAAUCAUUUUCAACAAGAACGCGAUACCGAUUUACGACUAACAAUGAGAACUUUCUUGCAGGAACAAUUGAAUUUUUAUAAAAAUAUUGUAAUGAAAUUAGAAGAAACACUAGAUAAAUUUGAUUGAAAUUAUAACUUCUUGCCCAGUGUUAAAUAGUAUACAGGUUAACCAAAAAUUAUUUUUUGGUUAAUUACAGGAAAUAUCUAGUUCUUUAAUAAAUUGAAGAUAUUUUUCAACAGUUCGAGGUAUUGGAAACUGUGAAAAUUUCUCGAUUGACGACGAAUUUUUUUUUCGUCUACCUGUAAUCAACAUUUUCAACUAGAGUGAAAAAAAAAUAAUCUGGAACCAAAAGAAAUAAUGUUUUAAUGUGGCGAUUCACAAAAAGAAUUAUCCGAUAUUGGUCACAAAGAAUCCAAAAGGGAAUAUUUUCAUCAAAAGAAGCAAGCUUUUUGUAUAUUAAGCAUAUUAUAUCUACUGUUUCUAAUAUCCUAGAUAAUAUGAAAAAUUUAAAACCAAAAAAAUAUACAAACCAGUGAAUUUUAUUGAAUUUAUUUUCAAUAUGAAAAUAUUUUCUAUUAUGUUGGUUUGUGUGGUUAUACAAAAUGAAUCUUAUGAUACUAAACACACUUUUUACACUACCACAAUACCAACAAUCAUAAUUACACUGUCCAAGGUAAACUCAACCUUCAGUCUCUGAAGACGAUAACUUGGUUAUCGAAACGCGUCAGACAGUGUAAUUGUGAGUGGUGGUGUAAACAGUGUAUUCAGUUUGAAUAUCACCAACUGUUCAAAAAAUUCUUACUUAAAACUUAAAACCUUACGAAAAAUUGUGAACGUAAAUAAAAACUCAUUUGUUAGGAAUUUUCUUACAAGACUAUUUGAGUGCUAGAGAUUCAGCCUGACAUCAGUAUAGAGACAUGUGAUUUUUUGAUACUUAUGAAACGACUCACAAUUUGUAGUUGGUAGUUAUCCAUUGGAGUCAUUAAAAAGGUCUAUAUCUUCACUACUCUGUUUUUGUGACUAGUACUUUGAAUAUGCAUUGUCAGUACUUUCCUCAGUGUUGUAUAAUAUUGUUCUUAGUAUGACUACAUAAAACAUUUUGGUCUUUAUUGUAAUGAAAUAUGAGCCGUCCAGUAAACAAAGUGAUUAUCUCCAUUAAACAAAAUGUUGAUAAAUAUGAUUAAUAUAUAUUUUUUUAAAUUCCUCUUAUAAUAUAAAUUCAAAUAUAUAAAGUAGAAUGCAUAAAUACAGAUAUAGUGUUCAUCUAAAGUGAUAUAAAAUUAAUAAGAAAGAAUAGCAAAAAAUAAUCGACAGUAAUUUUACAGUUUUUAUGUGACUGGUUCUCUCUUUUCCAAUGGGUCUCAUCCUACUACUAUUUUUUUAUUCAAAAAUUAUCGACUCUGGUUUAUACCUCCUACAAAUUUUCUUAUCAUAAGAGCUUCAAAUUCUGUAUCUAUUAUAGUCACAUUUCAAUUGUAUAAGAUGGGGUUUGGACCUUUCUAACAUUAUCCAGUGUAAUUGUAUUUUAAGCCAAUUUACUGGAAACCCUAUGACGCUUACUUUUCUGUUAAUGAUUGAUUUUUUCAAAGAUUUGCAUGAAAAAAAAACUUGGAGGAUCAUUUGUAUUAGAUAAACUGGUGAUUUCUUUUUGAAUUUUUUAAUCAUACCAAUCAUAUGAUGAACAUUGUUUUUCCAUUUUUUUUUCAAAAUCUGAGUUAUUGGGUAAGAAAGAAUUUUUUACUUUUGACGGCAUCUGUAGUUUAUAGGGAUACAUUUUUUUACAGGUAUUAAAUUUUCUCCCCUAUUCUUGUAUACCAAACCUUUUGUUCUGAUAUGCUUUUGUAAAUUUCUUGUUCAUUUAUCUGAAUUAGACUUCUGGGAGUGAUUGUUGAAAAGACCAAAAAAAUUUAUAGUCGAAAUCACCAUUAUACUAACUACUGCUUGCAUUGCUGGUGCAUUUGAAUUGCGUUACUGAAAUGAUUUACAUUAGAGUAUGGUGUUAAUCAAAAUGGCUUCUGAAAUAAAUUACUUAUUUUUCAAGGGCAAGAAUGUUUUUGCUGUGUAGUGGUGUUAAUCUUCAUUAUUCAGUUAUUAUAAAUAUAAAAAGUUAUGACUAUACCAAGUGCUUUGGCACUUGAAUUCAAGAUUUUUCAAAAAGUGAAGUUGAUCAAUAUGUGCACCGAACGGCUCAUAUCUUUCAUAUUAUUCUCAGUCACCAGCUAUUUUGUUCUCUUCCAAAGCUCUAUUUUUGGUGUGUCUAAUCCAUUAUCACUAAAUUAAAACCGUUUGAAGAAAAUACUACCAUUGUGAAACAUUUUAAAAUCGAAAUCUAUGUCUAGAUGUUUACUGUACCUGUGAUAGCGCAUUUUACUUUUUUUAUUGUAAAUAGCAACUAUUAAGCUUACAACAGAUUUCAUUAUUAUGAAACUGUAAAAAGCGAGAGGUAAGACUUCAAUUAAAGUGUGUGUAAAUAUUUAUUUUUAUUUUAAAAAGAAAUAUUAGUUACAAGAGUAUCGCCUUAUUUCUUGUUCAAUAUAAGCUUCUUGAAUUGUGAAAAAUCUUUGGAAGAAUUUAACUUGCUAAAUAAAAAGUAAAUCUCCAAAAUUGACAUGUCUUCUUUUGUUUGUUUUUUCAUAAUUUCUAUCAAGGUUGGAGUGUUUAUAUAAGUAUUUUUCAAUCAUGAAGGUUCAUUAAUGAUCUCAGAAUUAUUUCAAGAGUUAGGCAAUCCGAACAAAAAUAAUCUUAUCUACUUUCUGCAUUAAUAUUCUCAUUUUUUUUGUAAUAUUUUAUACCAGUACAAGGUUUGUAGAGAUUUUUAAAGGUAUGCUUAAGAAUCGGUCCGAAUAGUUUUAUCUUAAAAGGGCUCGAAGCCGUAUAAUAAACAUUUGAAUAAAAACGAUUUAAUUAGAUUAUGUCCACCUAAUAUCGGUAGUUUACGUUUGACAAAAUAGUUUCUAUACAAUUUAAACGAUAUUGAUAUCAUUUUCUUCAAUAAGCAAAAACCACAUCUACUUAAAAAUAUUUUGUAACUAUGUUAGUAGCUACUGUGUAAUCUUUACACAUAAUUUCAAUUCUAUAAACACAAAUAUGUGAAUGGAGUUCACAAAUUAUUCAGUUACCAUAAUAUCAUUAGAAAAUUGUACCAUAUACUAUUUAUACAUAAAGCUUGUGAAAUCUGUUUUAUUGUUGAGGUUAAAAUAUCUAUUCCAUGUAUCUAGCAUAUCCAUUUACUGUAUAUAAGAAUAUGUUACAGCUGCAUACUUAAUGACAAGUGUAGACAUUCUGGUUCUUGUCUUCAAAGUUUCUCUCUUAUGUUGUCUUAUUUAUAGUAACUUUGCCCAUUCUAGUUCCAACAAGUUUCUCCUGAAGGCAGUUGAAAAUAAUGUUUUCAAAACCGGUUGAGGAUUGGGUUUUUGAGAAAAAAAAUGCAUAAAUUCAUUUGAAGAGAGUGAAGAUGAAAUAAUUUGUAGGGAAACUCUUAUAACUAAUGAUACUAAUGGGGUGGACUAUCUGGAUAUAAGUUAAUUUUAGUAUAGAAGAUUUUUUGGAGAAAGUAUCUACAUUAUUAUAAAGCAGGUGAAAUGUUUCCAAAAGAUUUCAUAAAUAAUUUCUCCAUAUUCAAUAACAUAGACGAACAUAACUUUUUUGUUGUCUAUAUUUAUAUUAUCAUUUUACAACAAUAAUUUAACUGAAAAAAGACACGGCUAUAAAUGAUUUAUAAGGUGCUUCAAGAAUUAUGUAUUACAAUAAUUUAUAAUAAAAAUGUCCCAAAAUAAGUGCACGCUUCCUAAAACAGAAUACUAAUCGAUAUAUAAACCUUUAAAAGGAUGACUUUGGAAGUAGUUACAAGAUAGUGUGACUUUAACACUUUGGAGAAAUUGUUUCUUAUACUCUAUGAACAAAAAAGAUAACACGGUUUUCAAUUUAGUCGAUGGUAUAAAUGUACUUGACUGUAAAUGAAAAUGUGACCUUACAAACCUCAUUUAUUAAACAAAAUGAUUAUUCAUAUGGGGCAGGUAAUAACAUGAAUCAGCUUAGUCACUAUCAAAAUAUGACUGUGCUCAGUUCGCAUUAUUUCACUCCAGUAAUCCAGUCUGGUGUUGAACUGGAUUAUAUCGUCCACAUUCCAGACAUUAAAAAGUUGUUAAAUUGGUAACACAAUGCUUUCAAGAAAGAAGUAGAAAUUGUUUUAUUAAUUAUUACCGUUAGAAGAACUGAAAAGGGUGAAAAACACAUAUUCUCUAUACAAAAAAGUAAAUUGAAAAAAAUUUCCAACGCUGGAUUGGAAAAAUGAGAACCGGGCUUAAUCGUAACCGUUUGGUAAAAAAAUGAUAUUUUCAGUCCAUCCCUUUGUAGAGUUUUAUCAGCUCUAUUUUUAAGUUCUAAAACAAUGUAAACAUUUUUCUUUGGAUAUACUAUAGCUCUAGAAAUUAAAGUACAUAAUUCUGGACCACCUUCUAUAAUUUAUGUUAAUUAUCUUUAAUUAUAAAGCCGCCUGAUCUAAUACCCUCAAUUUUUUAUAAAAUUUCAUAAAGAAAUUAGAUGCAGCAGCUUUAACUUAACCUAUAUUAUAAUGUAUGUAAUGAAACUUUCUAUUUCAAAUUAUAUUGCAAAUAUAUAAAUAUUUAUAUAUUUAAUUUUCUUUAUUGCCUCAGCCAAAAUAUUGUAAAGUUCAUAAAUUAAAUAAAUAUGUAAUUAUUAUUAUUUCAUUUAUAAAUAUGUCAUAAUGUAAAAAAGUAAUUUAGUGAAUUUUUUUGAAGAACUGUCCAAAUUCAAGGAUGAAAUGAGACAGUAUAUUCAAUUUUAGAAGAAGUGUCAAAUUUAUGAAAGCUUCCUUAGCUUAGGUUCCAUAUCUACAUUUGGUUCCUAUAUUUUGUUUAAUAAUCUUUAUUAUGAAAAACUGCGUACGUCAUUUAAAUAUUAUAUUAUUUAUUUUGCAAUGAUUCCACUAUUUGUCUCCAUACUGUUUAUUAUAUUGCUUUUGAAAAGUUGUAUCUAAUAAUCUUUUAAUAUAUCAUUUGUUGAAA